AAGUGCAGCUGUGGGAUGAGCUUGCAGCAUCCGCGCCGUCAGCGGCCCAUUGGGGAAGCGCCGGCCGAUAUGAACGAAUCCAUCGAUUCGCUGGAUGUUCAUGCUGGAGGCAGGAUCGGUGGCGGCAGCAUGGAUCGGUAUCGAGAGGCGGAUCGCCAAUCGGACCUCCCAUUGAUGAGCAACGGCAUCAGCGGCGAAGACCUGGACUACGACGGUGUUGAAGUCGAAACAGGGUUGCGGGAACCACCGCUCUUGAUUCGGUGGGAAGGAUAUCUCAUGAAGCGAAGCGACUGGCUCAAGCACUGGGACACGUAUUACUUUGUCCUCCAUGGACGGGUGUUGUACUGCUACCUGAGCGAAGAAGAAGCGAAGGUCCAUCCGGAAAGCUCGAAGAUCAAACACGGCAAGUUCUCGAUCAGCGACAGCUUGAUCCUGGACGAAGUCUUCAGCGUGCGGUCGCGCCACCAUUACGAGUUCAUCUUUGAGAACGACCAAGGGAAACAGAUCUAUUUGCGUGCGAAAACCGAAGCGAGCAAGCAAAUGUGGAUGCACAUGGCGAGCCAUGGUAUCGUCGACAACUACACGGACCACGAUCAAGCGUUGAACAUGCGGCGAGCGCCCCAGCGCCACGCGACGCUCGUCGACUUCUUUCUGGGGUACGAAUACCUGUUCGCGUCGUUGUCCAACAUUGAGGACGCUGCAAUGCCCAUGGCCUCGUCUUCGUCGCUCGAUUCGUUCAACAAGUACCUCAAGAGCCACGGGACCAACGCGCCGACGAUCAUCCUUCCCGACGCUGCAAUUGCCGAGUUCCCCCCCAAAGUCGACCACAUUCUGUGUCGGUUCUUUUCCAUGUGCCACACGGACAUUGCCAUGCGCAACAACUACAUGCCAAUCGUGCCCUUUCAAGGCACAUUUCGAGGGUAUGCUGGCAUCCUCGAGUACUUCACCAAGCUGUCGAAAGCGGUGGUGUUCAAAUCGUUCAACGUGGAAGGGAUGUCGUUUGAGGGAGAAGGGUCUAAGCGACUCGUGGUUGUUCAAGGCCAUGAAACGAUGGAAGUGCGGGGAACGGGCGAGGCGUUGUGUCAGGCGUGGGUGCAAAAGUUCCUCAUAAAGGACGACGGCCGCAUCUACAGAUGGGAAAUCAACGGGGAUAUCGUUGCGUCGUCGGUCGCAUUCAAGCACUUGCACGUACGAGGCGUGGUGGGCGCCGAGAAAUUUCGCGAAAUGUUUACAACGAUCAAGCUCGACAACAUCCCGAACCUUGCUCGAAAAGACAAACACACCACUUCCGACGUUCCUCUUGCCCCGCAACAGGGGCAGCAGCGCCAACCAGCGGCGCACGAACGUCCUCCCAAGCAUCAACCGAAAAUGGUGUGGAGCACACCUCCCCAACACUCGACCACGUCUCCGACCAAGGCCGAGUGGAAACGCCAUGACAAGAGAGCGCAAACAAGUGCCUCGGCUCGGCAGGCGCUGCCGGCAACCAUUCAGUUCAAACGAAUUCACCCGUCAUCGUCUCCCGCCACCCACGAGUUGUCACCCACGGCCCAGGCCGACGAAUUGCAUUCUCCAUUUGAGGAUCGCCCGUCGACGUUUUUGGAGAAUGACGGGCUCGGCAUCGAAGAUGAGCCGGAGCGUGAGGACCACCCAAUGCAUGAAGAAGCAGAGGCGCCGUCACCUCGUUUUCAAGGCACGUCGCAGCUGAAAACGUCGUUCUUGAGCAAUGCGUCAUCGCUCCAAGACGACGCAUUUUCCGUUGUGACCACGGCGGCCACCGCCGGCGCGAGCAAUUCGUUUUCCAACCCCACGCCUCCUCGAACCAACACAGCCACGACACACGAACCUGCUUUUCGGCAGACGUCGUUGUCGGCGCCGACGCUAGAGAAAUCGAAUCUCCGCGGGUUGCAGACGUGCCAUCCAUCGUCGUCGCAAUCGUGUCCAUCGCCAUUCCCGCGCUACGCUCCGCCGCGUCCUUUCCAGUCUGCCUCGCACGCCACUCCCAGCCACCACGUCUCGGGCAAAGAUUCCUCCCCAAGCCAUCCCAACCACUCACGUCCUCGGCAGUCGUCCCGUCAGCCCGCUCCGACCACGAGCUCUACCGAAGGCGAGUAUGGUACCCCGUCCCCAAACGAGUCGAGCAACUCGCCAAACGCCCCUGACGAUGCUAUCACGUCCAGCACCUCAUUUGACUACCCCUUGGGCUUCAAGCGCGGCAAUCUCUGGCCGGACGCGCCGGUCCCGCCAUCGGAAAGCAUUCGCAUUCAAGUCGCCAAACGCCUGGACCUCUGUCGCCCCCGCGACGAUCUCACAAUGUACCUCAAUAUUGCGUGCAAAACUCUCCACGUGCCGAUGGGGACGGUGUGCGUCGUCGGCGGUGCCGCCGGCCUUUUCGUCGCCAAAGUUGGAAUGAUGCAAGUAGACACCGUGCCGCGUGACGUGAUCUUUGAGUCGCAUGUCAUCAUGAGCGCCGAGCCGACGGUCGUGUUGGACACGAACCUCGACAUUCGAUUCGCCUUGAACCCGCUGGUGACGCAAGGUGACAUCCGUUUCUAUGUUGGCAUCCCGCUCGUCACGUCCGACAACGUUGUUCUUGGCGCGUUGAGUCUUGUGGACAAGGUGCCCCGCGCAUUCGUUCGGAAGAAAGAAUUGUCGACGUUGGUUCAAAUCGCACAAACCAUCGUGAACCGUGCCGAAGACUUGAUUGCGGCAUCGUCGUCGAAGCAGGCCGUCCCGGAUCACAUGAACGAAAUGGCCGAUCGCCGGAAGCAGAUGGAUUUGGAAGUGGAUUAGGCAGACAGAUGAAUAGGACAGUGCAGCUCGUGUGUGCGAGAUCAUUCUACUUGUGAGCAUUGUCGGCGCCAGUACAUCGCGUUGGUAUUGCACACGUC